AUGAGUGUCACAGCGGCUCCUGCCUCAGGUGUCGGAGGUGAUAGCGAUACAACAGACGCAAAGGAAUAUCUUGAGGCAAUCGAGCGCAUCCGGAACGCUCGGCCUCCAUCUCUCCUCGAUUCGCAAAUUCGAGACACAGCGAUCAAAGCCCUCGCGAAUGACUUCCUCAACGUCCCGGAAAUAGACCUCGAGCUCAGAGCAUAUAUAGUAGAAACGACCCUUCCAACGCUCAUAAUAGGAUUGGAGAAGCUUCUGAAGGAGGUUGAACGACGGGAUCUGGUUGGAAAUGAGGACCCUCAGCCGUCAUCGAAGCCAAGUAGAUGGGAGAUUGACGACCCCAAUGCAGCGGCGGAGGCGGCGGAAGAGACCAAUGUUGAGGUGGACAAACCUAGAGAUCAGUUUGAUUCGAUCAAUUGGCUAGCCCAGUUUCUAUAUCGCAACAACCCACGGUUCUCUAACUUCUCGAGCUUGAACUCGUCUGCCUACACCAGGAGCAUGGCGAAGACCACCGCUGCUUUGAAGGAUCGUUUGUUCGAGCUGGAAAACAUGCGGCUAGCGAAGGCUCGGGCGGAGGAGCUGCAGCGGAGCCAGGAAGAGGAGAGACUUGCGAGGAUACGAUCUGCCCAGAUCAAUGAGCGGCGUCGGAGCUUCCGGGAGCUUCUGACGACGAUCUUUAGAAAGUGGACAGAGAAGCUUUGGAGGCCACAGAUGGCGUUCGUGUUUCAUUCGGAGCUGCUAGAUGCGUAUAGAGCAGUGUUUCGAAGAGACGAGCUCCAAACGAACCCUGAGCUCAUGAUGAAACUGAACGAGAUGAUAACCGCAUUCACACCUGCGUCAGUGAAACCAGCGUCGAGCUCGGACCAAUUAGCCGCCGUUGAAAACGAUGACAGUUCGGUUGCUGCACAUGGAAGCCAGCCAUUAUCCACUACCAGAACCCUCAAAUCCAAGUGGUAUCUCGAUGACUUCGUCGAAUCGCACAUGGAGUUAAUGGACUCAUGGGCGAUUGAAGGUCUGAGCAUCUUCCUGAAGGAGCUGUCGGGAUACAUCGAUACCAUGGGAGAUCAGAUUCAACAGGACUACGAGAAAGCGUAUUACAUGCCGCAAUUCUCUGACCUGCCUGAGCACGCAAGGAAAGAGGAAUGGCUGGCAAAGCUCGGCACCGCGCUGGAAGGCUUUGCCACAGAUGCGGAAAUUGACGUUGGAAGGCUCAGAGUCGAAUACGAGCGAUUCUGUAAUGGGAUGAUGGAUCAGGAGCUGCAAGAUUUCGCUGAAACCUUAGGGCAAUACCCCAGCCCUCCUCCGGCGGAUGAAGCCACUGCGGGCGAAACCAAGGCAAUUUCCGAGUCAGCGGAUACAAGCAUUGAGCAGCCCACGUCAUUUGGCACAGAAAAGGCAUAUGGACUCUUUACCAAGCACUUGGCAGCUGAGCUCGGCCUGGAUUCGUGCCGAGCGUUCAUGCAAUAUCUCUCGGAUACGGUGGGCGAGGAAGAAAAACGGAUAGCAGCAGAAAAGGCGGCCAAAGUUGCGCAGGAAGCACUGGCACAGGCUAAAGCGAAGGAGGAAGAGGCACCAAAACGCUCCUUGUCGUCCGAACUGCAUAGGCAAAGAGCUGAGGCUGUUUUUGAUGCUCUCGAACAAGGACGGGGACUCAUCGCUCCUGAAGAAGUUCAGACCCUGCUAACGAGUGCACUGGAAAGCCUAAGAGAUGCGAAGGACAGCAAGGUCUACUCAGUGCUUGAGGCGCUUCAGAAAGCAGCCGUAUCACAGUUUGGCGACCCCAAGCAAAAUCUGAAGAAACCAGACUUCAUCAAAUUGAUCGAGACGCAAUCCAGAGCAGACCAGGAAACAGACCUUUCGCCAGCUGUUACCCGGGCAGCAAAGCUCAGUGCAACGGAGAGAGCCGAGCUAGAAAAAGCUACCAUCGCUUCCAUUGACGCUUUGGCGAAGGGCUAUGACCUCAACGUCGCGGGCGCAUGCACGGAAGCACUUCAAAUGUUGACUGGCGCUUUCCAGAAGAUUCACGCCGAGCAUGCCAUCCGCGGGCGGAUUUCGCUGCUUGAGCAGUCAUCAAAAGCUGGUGCGACACCCGACGCAGCCGUUACCAUCGAGACUUUCCUUCGUCACGUCGCCACUACAAGUGACGUGCGUGAGGCGCUCCUCGGUAAAACCGUGCCGAGCGGUAAGGGAGUCGAGGCCCAAAUCCUCCAAGACAAGCGAAAUCUUGCUCUUCCGGAUCUGCCGACGUAUGAGUUUGAGGGAGAUCCGGAUGCCUUUUCUGCGACUCUCGAGAACAUGGCUGUCAAUCGAUAUCUCGGUCUGCCCAUCAGCUCGAGUGACGGAAGACUCGUCGGCGUGAUGAGUUUGAACUUGCAAGGGCAGGCGGAUGACUUUGAUAAAGCGGAUCUGCGGUUCGUCGAGAAUGCAUCAAAAUCCAUGAUGGCAGUCAUGGAGAGAAUCAACCUCCGCGAAAAGGCGAUGAUUCUCGCAAACGCCGCAAAGCUAUGGGCGUCACAGCAGAGCGGAUUGGAAAUUGAAAUCUUCAUUCCCGAAUCACCUAUCGCCAUCAACGACGAACCGUUGCUCUUCCGACUGGAAGAUUUCGGUGUUGGGAAGCUCGAAGACGAUUCCAUCGUCCCCGGGUCGCCUUACAUGCGACCACGAACGUCGCGGAUGGUGGAAGUCGGCCCCGGGGAUUCCGAGUCUGAACUCCUACGGAAAGCGCGCGACAGCACGGAGGCAUCAGAAGUCAAAGACCAUGAAGGCCGAACGACCGCUUUCGUGCCCGUCGCCGACCCGUCCGGGAAAACGGUGGCGGUCAUGAAAGUGAAAGCGGUCAAACCCGCCCUAGACAUCAGUGAAGAUGAUAUGGACGAAGUGCGGAAGACAGCUCGCAUUUUGGGAUUGGCUAUGCAGGAUGUCAAGAGAGAGGGCUUUGGAUUGCCUAGUGGAAUCAUGGAUGCUACUACGCUUGGUAUUCUCCUAUCAGAUGCGGAAAACAUCGACGAGAACGCUCGCCAACAUCUGCUCUUCCCCAAAUUAUUGCUAAUGAAUGUUCGCGCGGCGCUUGCGAAGCUGGACAAUAAGACGUUGUCUGAACUUCGGAGCUAUCGCAAGCCCCCAGACACCAUUCAUAAGGUUGUUAAAGGGGUGCUCUAUCUGUUUGGGAAGACUCCAAAAGAAGUGAAGAAAUGGAGUGACUGCUGUCGGUUCAUCAACAUGGAUCUCUUGAAAAGCAUGAUCGAGUACGACCCAACAGCGGUUCAGAAGAAGAUUCGCUUUGUUCGCGUAAAGAGAGUGCUCAAAUCGAUCCCCAAGGGCGACGUCAAGAAGCGCGGGUCGAUCCCAGCCCAAUCCAUGUCAGACUGGCUCGUCGUCUCUGUAGAUCUACGAGACCAAGCCCUCCGACGACGCAAAAGUGCGGGCCGCCUCGCUGCGGAUCAGCCCGAGGAAGGCGCCCCGGAGGAAGAAGACGAAGGAGAGGAGGAGGACGAGGAGAUUGACUCUGGGCAGAGUUCUAGGUUGGGCACGGCUGAUGAGGGUACGGUUGCCCCGCCUAUUGAGGGAGAGCUUGGGGAUGAACCACCGGGGAUUGCUGAGGGGAACCUGGUUGUCCCGCCUGAUUUGGAAGCGCCGGAAAGCAAUGAAAUCAUGGUGGUAGGUGGAGGGCUACCCCCGCAAGAAGCUGCCAUCCCAGAGACGGUGCCAGAUCUAGUGCAAGAGUGA